CCCGGAGGCCACGCGGCCUCCGGCCGAAGGAGAAACUACAUUUCCCAGAAGUUUUCGUGCGCAGCUGCAGAGCCUAUUCGCUUUGGAAUAGCGGGCGUGGGGACGUCGCGACCGGCGGCAGGACAUGGCUUUCGUGAUCGGAUCCGUAGGUCGCCAGUUGGGUCGCGUUAGGUGGCUCCAGCCCCGCGCCUGGCUGGGGCUCCCCGACUCCUGGGGACUCCUCGCCACACAGCAGACCCGGGGAAAGGCGCGUGGAAACGAGUAUCAGCCGAGCAACAUCAAACGCAAGCACAAACACGGCUGGAUCCGGCGCCUGAGCACACCGUCCGGCGUCCAGGUCAUCCUUCGCCGCAUGCACAAAGGCCGCAAGUCGCUGAGCCAUUAAGGAGCGCGAAGCUGCCGGCAGGGCCCCCCCCCCCCCCAUUAGAGCAUUUCUCUCUCCUGGGACCUCUCCUGCCGUUGUUUUUAUGGGGAGCCGGGACAACUCAGACAUGAGCGCUCCUCAAAUUGUGGAGUCGGCCCCCGGGGGGAAUGUCUGGGGUUGGACUGAGAGUGGGAGUAGGAAGUCAGACCUUGCCUAGUCCCUUUCUACGCUAUUGAAUUAGAAAGAAUGUCGAACAUACGGCAAUACUCCACAAUGAACCCUGUGUACUCAGUACACAGCUCUGACCACCAAUUACCCACAACCCACCUGCCCCCUCCUGUGUUAUUUGGGAGCAAAUCUCAGGCAUUGGGUUAUUUCUUCUGUAUUUCAGAAUGCAUCUCUCCAAGAACAGGACUCUUUAAAACAUAAUCACAAAACUUUUCACCCCUAAAAAAUGGUUAACAGUUCCUUAAUAUUGUCUAAUAAAUGUUCAAAUUUC